UGGCUCGCGAGGCCGCGGUGGCUGCGGCGGCGGCGGAUGGGAGCCAUGGAGCGCCAGGGCAGGGCCGCCGCCUCGUCGGACCCGGAGCCGACGCCCGGGGACCCCGAGGGGCGGCGGCGGCGGGACUCGCUGCAGCGCCUGACGAGCAGCGCGUCGGCGCCUGCGGUCGGGGUCGCGGCGGCGGCGGCGGACUGUGCGAGGCGGGACGCGCCCGGAGCCCGCCAGCGCGUCGAGAGCCUCCGCAAGAAGCGGCCGCUUUUCCCCUGGUUUGGCUUGGAUAUUGGUGGAACCCUGGUCAAGCUGGUUUAUUUUGAACCCAAAGACAUUACUGCUGAAGAAGAGGAAGAAGAAGUGGAAAGUCUGAAAAGCAUCCGGAAAUACCUGACCUCCAAUGUGGCCUAUGGGUCCACAGGCAUUCGGGAUGUGCACCUGGAGCUGAAGGACCUGACUCUGUGUGGACGCAAAGGCAAUCUGCACUUUAUACGCUUUCCUACUCAUGACAUGCCUGCUUUCAUUCAAAUGGGCAGAGAUAAAAACUUCUCGAGUCUCCACACUGUCUUUUGUGCCACUGGAGGUGGAGCGUACAAAUUUGAGCAGGAUUUCCUCACAAUAGGUGAUCUUCAGCUUUGUAAACUUGAUGAACUAGAUUGUUUAAUAAAAGGAAUUUUAUACAUUGACUCUGUUGGAUUCAAUGGACGGUCACAGUGCUAUUACUUUGAAAACCCUGCUGAUUCUGAGAAGUGUCAGAAGUUACCAUUUGAUUUGAAAAAUCCAUAUCCUCUGCUCCUGGUGAACAUUGGCUCUGGGGUUAGCAUCUUAGCAGUCUAUUCCAAAGAUAAUUACAAGCGCGUCACGGGUACCAGUCUUGGAGGAGGCACCUUUUUUGGUCUCUGUUGUCUUCUUACCGGCUGUACUACUUUUGAAGAAGCUCUUGAAAUGGCAUCUCGUGGAGAUAGCACCAAAGUGGACAAGCUAGUGCGAGACAUUUAUGGAGGGGACUAUGAAAGGUUUGGACUGCCAGGCUGGGCCGUGGCUUCAAGCUUUGGAAACAUGAUGAGCAAGGAGAAGCGGGAGGCUGUUAGUAAAGAGGACCUCGCCAGAGCAACUCUAAUCACCAUCACCAACAACAUUGGCUCAAUAGCAAGAAUGUGUGCUCUUAACGAAAACAUUAACCAGGUGGUAUUUGUUGGAAAUUUCUUGAGAAUCAAUACGAUCGCCAUGCGGCUUUUGGCAUAUGCUUUGGAUUAUUGGUCCAAGGGACAAUUGAAAGCACUUUUUUCAGAACAUGAGGGUUAUUUUGGAGCGGUUGGAGCACUUCUUGAGCUGCUGAAGAUCCCCUGAUCAUUACUGGGGAGAAGUUCCUGGAACCUUCUACAUUGUGGAUUUUUUAAGGAGAUUCACUUUUAUGAUUGUUUAUUGCCUGAAUCAAAGCAAGAAAGGACAAGUGUAUUUUUUAAGCCAUGAAGAUAAACCCUUAAAAAUUCAGUCUAAAGAUAAACCAACCAAAAAAAAAAAAAAAAAAAAAACCCUCCCCUAGCCAUGGCAGGAGGAUUUGCCAUGUUCUUGAGUGUGGCCUCCUUAAACUUGCUUGGUUUUGAAAUAGAGCACACACUCCCUGGAGUCCCUUCAGGGGAGACUCUUAGCUCUUCUGUGUUGAGCUAAUGGUUUUUUGUCCCACUUGAAUUUGGCUCAGUGUAAAGCAAGCUACUCUGUUCCUAAACUAACCACCAUGUUGACAAUAUGGCCUUGGAAAUUAUCUGUGCAUUACUCUCCUGUAUGUA